CCCACUCUACUUCUCCGCCUACCUCCGGCCUGACGCCAGUCUCCGCAGCGCAGCCACCGUCUCCUCGCCUCCGCUGCCCACCCGCGCCGCGGCGCCCGUCUCCUCGCCUCCCGACCCACAGCCGCCACCCUUCGCUACUCCUCGAUCGACGCGCCGCCUUGUCAACCGCUAGCGAUGGCGACCGAGACGCCGCCUCCGGAGGAGAAGAAGAAGAAGGCGCCGCUCCCCAAGGUGGUCACGCUCAACAAGGCCCUCAAGCUGGCUCAGACAUGGGUGGACAAAAUGAGUGCAUCGGAGCCAGAUGAACCCAAUGAUAAGGAUUUUGAGGGCCGGCCAUCAAGGCUUGGUCUUGGUGCUAAAGUGGCCCCCGGUGUGAAGCGUGCGCCUCCCACUGAUCCAAUUGAGAGGAGAUUGCUCGGGAAGGUGAAUGCACAGAAGAGAAAGGCCUUGGAGGAGGAUAAUAGAACUGCUAAGGAGGCGAAUGAGGCUAGUGAUGAUGAUUGUGAUGAGCCUGAAAGCAGAACCAAUGCCUUUAACAAAAAGAGGACAUUGCCUUCAGUUACUUCUACACCUUUAGUAAAGAAGGCAAAGUGACAAGUUGUAUGCAUAGCCCAUCUGAGUGAUCUGCUUGUCCUUGUUGGAGUUUCAUACUAACUCCCAGACUGAUGCUAUUUCAUGGGCACUACCCCCUCGUAACCUAGUGUGUGAUUUCUUAAUGUAAAGGGAUAGCUAUGCUUGAUAUUGAUAAUGCUUAUUGCCAAUUCAGAAGUUUAUGUACUGCCUGUUCAUAGUUAAAGACACUGUGAUACUCAUUCGAUUAUUAUCCUAUCGAUUCAAACGCCAUCCCCUUU